CUCUCCUUCCACUUCCACCUCCACAUCUCUCUCUCUCUCUUUCUCUUUGCACCACCAUCCCUCCAGCCAUGCGUGUUUUGGCUAAGGCGGCGUUACUGCUGGCCUGCUGUGUGUGGGCGACACGCGGCCAGGCUCAGAGUAGCCAAGCCGGCAGCAGCAGCAGCAACAGCAACACCAACCAGGGCAGCCAGAGCAGCAGCAACAACAACAGCAACAUGCCAAGCACCAGCGCUAACACCAACGCCAACGCUAACACCAACGCCAACGCCAGCGCCAGCAGCAACAGGCCGAAGAGCAUCUGGGACGAGCCCAUCCGGUUCGGCACCAAGGCCAAGGACGCCUGCACCAUGGUGAUCUCCGGCCAGGGCGACUUCACCAAGCUGCGCGUCUCCUGCAAGAACAAGGGCAAGUCCUACUGGUGCGACUUCCUGGGCAAGCCCAACCACUGCCGCGCCUACAACAACAACCCCCGCCACUACUUCACCCAGAUCAUGUGGGAGAUGCGCAAGCUGCCCAACGCCUGCCAGGGCGCCCGCGUCUACAAGCCCCUCAUGUGCAAGACCGCCAGCGACGACGUGCAGAUGGUCUUCCACACCUCCUGGCCCAAGAUGACCACCCCUCGCCCAGCGCAGCCUGGCCAGGAUAAGGACCGUCAACAGCAGCAGAACCAGAACCAGCAGCAACAGAACCAGAACCAGCAGCAGCAGCAGAACCAGCAACAGCAGCAGCAGCAGCAGCAGGAGAAGCACCAGCAGCAGCCUGGCAAACCCACCACCACCACCACCAAAGCUCCCGCUCAGAAGCCCCAGAAGCCCCAGCAGGCUGGCAAGCCCGUCAAGCCCCAGCAGCCCAAGCCCGCCGGCAAACCCGGCCAGGGCAAGAAGCCCACGCCCAAGCCCAAGAGCACGGCCAAGCCCACGCCGUACGGUGACACCAAAGCCAGCAAGAUGGCUCAGGAGUACUGCUGGAAGAGCUUCCACGGCAUCUGUGCCUAUUUCAUCAGCUGGUUCCAGAACUAGAAAAAAAGGGGGGCGGUCCGCAGUAGUCACUGAAGAGACAUAGAUUUCUUCUCUGACGGUGUGGAAGUGGACACUGUUUUCCUGGUGUGGCAAAGGAGGAGCAGGUCUAUACUGUAUGUAUUUUGUAAAUCAGAAUGCAACUUUGUGACAUUUGUUUUGUCAAAUAAACCACCUUUGCUACUCUCCUGCGUACGGUAUGUUGCUGUUCAUGCUGACCCCAACGCUUCACUCUACACAGCUGCUGUUCAAAUGUUUUGCUUAUAGCUUACUUUUUUCACAUUUACUGACAAACCGAUAUGUUUGGGUGUGCGGUACUUGAGCAAUGUUUGCUUUGAGGAGAGAAAUAAGAAAAGAAAACGUGUAUGGGGGUGCAAGGAGCUGUAGAUCUGUGCUUAAAGCUUGUAAAAUGCAUCGAUUGCAAUGGCAGAAAUGAACAUUCUGUAUGUGCAGUGAUUUUCACUAAAGAUAAAGUAAGGAUAGAUGUUGUGCCUUUGAGCUUGCUUUAGAUGCUUGCAACAAUGGUUCACUGUAUGUCUCCUUUCAAUAUUUGAAUGGAUAUCUGGUAUGAAUGUACACAUGUAAUAAUAAAUAUAGACUG